AUGUCGGCCGUGCGAAGUGCAGCGCAUCCGCCUGUUCGCCUGGUUCCAAUCUCGCCUGCUGCUUUACAGCCGCCUAGCGCUGUUGUAAAGAUGAACUGUCCACCGGCACUUCAGUACCGCACGCAACUAUUCUCUCUGUCUUUAUACCCCUUACACGCACGAAUUGACCAGCCACGCCAGAAUCGCAUGCCACCCGUUCUCGGUCCGCCAUGGCUGCCAUUUCCACCUUCACCAGAUACGCAUAAUGCGCGGCAUAUAAGGCGAUACCGCGAGCUCAUGUACGAUAUCGAGCACAAGACGCCGCGUCUUUAUGCCUCCAUCCUCAUCAGCAAAAAACGUGUACAUAAGCACGCGGUUGUGCGCAAUAGGUGCCGUACGCGCCUUAUGGCUGCACUGCAACAGCUUAUACGACGAGAAAAGGAUAUGCCUGUCCAUUCUUUACAUGCCUACAUUUUUUUUGGAACGAGCUACUUGUUUUCCGCCGAGUCUGUUGUCAUCGAGCAAGAAGUGCGUCGCGCUUUACUCGCGGUCGGAAGCAAGGCGCUGCGUCUGACCGCCAGGCACCCAUCACGAUCGAAGCCCCUGUAG